AUGGAGCACUACGUGGCUGCGCUGGAGCAUUGGGAAUCAGCUCUGCGUCCAGCACCCAGCAGCCAUGAAAUUGGCGCGCGCGUCCGCUACAGCCAACACGGCUUUGGAGUGGUCAUGAGUGCCUUCACAAUGUUCGACGAAUACUUCCUAAAGGACUUGGGCAACGAUCAGGCAAUUUGGGCUGGUGAACCCGGCGGAGAGUUGAAGCGCUAUUCAGCCGUGGAGCUGAUACCCGUGAGUCAAGAACUUUUUGACCUGCGCUUCGCCAUCGCGCAAAACUUAGCCGCUGUGAGUUUGAAGCUGGAGAGGUACAAGGAGGCCAUCGACUGGGCGAAUGCUGCCUUGUGUAUGGAUGGAAAAGCACCCAAGGCUUUGAUGAGACUCGGUUUGGGGUUGCUUCGCACAGGCAAGCCAGGUCCUGCUUCAGACUGGCUUGCCGCGGCCCAGAAAGCCAUGCCGAACGACUCGGAGGUGCGGAAGUUGCUGCGGGAGGCGGAGCUGAAGCGAUCGCCCACCUGGGUUUGCGCCAACGGCUGUUGUGGGCCUUGGGGCAUCGUGCUGGGAUCGCCCAGGGGGGUUCACAUUUCAACUGACAUCAUUGCGCACACCGAUGGCCACCAGCGCGACGCGGCGCGCCCUGGCGCAUAG